AAGUCUCUUUCAGCCUGAUGCUGUCGUGUAUAAAAGAGCUUGUUGAGAAGCGAGCUCGAAGAGUUUCGUUAAUUUAAGCUUAGGAAAAUGAUCAUCGUAGCUGUGCUCCUAUCAUUUCUCGCACACCUGUUGGUUCAGGCAUCGCAACCAUGGAAAGCACUUGAUGCAGAGCAAGCCCUGUACGUGUACAAACGCUGCUAUGAAGAUCACCUUCCAUCGGGAUCGGACAGAAAAACCUACAUGACACUUUGGAAUGCCUGGAGGUUGGAACCGAACGAUGCUAUUACCCACUGCUACGCGAAGUGUGUACUGACCGGUUUGCAGAUCUACGACCCGCAGGAAAACGCUUUCAUGUCCGAUAGAAUCCCAGUUCAGUAUCAAGCGUACAAAACAAUCACCCAAUCCAAGCAAAAGGAGGUCACCGAGUAUCAAAAAGCACUGGCCGCAGCUAACGCUAAAUCUGGAAGCUGUGUCGAUCUGUACAAUGCGUACCUUCCAGUUCACAACCGAUUCGUGAAUCUGUCCCGCCAACUGUAUCACGGUACGGUUGAGGGCGCUGCCAAAAUUUAUGCCGCAAUGCCCGAAAUCAAGCAGAAAGGCGAGUCGUUCCAUGCGUACUGUGAAAAACGUGCCUGGAAGGGAAAUAAGCAGAGCGAAUGGAAGAACGGUCGCAGAUACAAGCUGACUGGCAGUCCGGAACUGAAGGAUGCGAUCGAUUGCAUCUUCCGUGGAUUGCGCUACAUGGAUGACACUGGUUUGAAGGUUGAUAAGAUUGUGCGAGAUUUUAAUCUGAUCAACAAGAGUGAGCUCGAACCCGAGGUCCGCUCGGUGCUGGCUAGCUGCAAAGGAAGUGAAGCAUACGAUUACUACGCAUGUCUAGUGAACAGUCGCCUAAAGCAACACUUUAAAAAUGCAUUCGAUUUCCACGAGCUGCGUUCGGCGGACUACGCCUAUCUGCUGCGAGGAAAGGUGUACGAAAAUCCGGAAAAGGUUAAGGAAGAAAUGAAGAAACUUAACACAACGGUACACUUCUAGCAGGCAAGCCAUUGUCCCUUUACAGCCGUUAGUUCCGAUACGAUCAACAACAAAAAAAAAACAUUGUAUCUAACGCCAUCUGUAUUUGAGAAUAAAAACUGUCCAUCGGAUUGUGAAUCGUAUUCGAUCUACUAAA